GGAAGACGAGAUAUGCAUUAGUGUCUAUUGGAGUAAGAUACGCGAUACCCUACCUUUGACACCCAACAAUGCUUGCCAACCCGAGUCAUCACCACCGCAACCGCGAUGUCCUCGUUACCAUCAACGACCCAUUCCACGCCCUCUCCGACUCCCUCGCAAACCUGACCCUCACCACCAUCACCACCUCCCUCCCCGGACUACCCACGAGUCAGACGCAAAGUCAAAACAAACCUUCCAAACCACCACCAGAUUCACACGCACUACCCACCAACGCCAACCCCCGUUCCGAUCUCGUGACCGUCACUCCGCUCUUCCCGCCAGGCGACAACGUUAUCUUCGCGCACUCAUCCUUCUUCCGCCGCCUCUACAACCCACCAACUGGGACCCCGGAGCUCCCCACGCCGGCACAAGUCCGCGACGAGGCAGCGCGGUUGGGCCUCACCAUUACCGCUGAAGGCAGCGAUGACGACGCAAGGCUUGUCCCGUUCCCUGCGCUGGGGCUGCUCGUCAAGUUCGGUCCGGAGGAGCGGGCACUGAGGGGAAAUGAUGGGGCGAGUGCGGUCGGGGGCGGCGUGUCGGCUGCCGAGGGGAAGGCGAUGAUGCUGUUGGGUCGGGCGCUGCCGUCGCUGUUAUCAUGUGCGGGGAGUGGGAAUGGGUUGCCGGUGCCGGUGCCGCAGGUCUUCGGCUGGCGGCGGGAUGCGGGAACCGGGGAGAGGUUUGUGUAUAUGGAUAUGCCUGAGGGGGAGGUGUUGGAGGAGAGGUGGGGGUGGAUGAGUGAGGCUGAGAGGGAAGGGGUGUGUACGCAGCUCAGGGAGUUGGCGCGGGCGUGGAGGCGGUUGAGGUUCGGUGAUGUUGGAUUUGUCGGGAGCGUGGACAACGGACCGCUGCAGGAUGAGGUCUUUCGCGGGUGCAGAAUGGCCGGGGCGCUGCCGCCUGGGCCUUUCCCAACGUCAGCGGCUUUCCAUGAUUACUUUGUCUCGAUGGCGGUGACGAUGUCGCAGAGCAGACAGCUCGGUGCCAGGGUUGGGCAGCUCCGCUAUACGCCGCACCAUCUCUUCCCAAGCGAUGUGCCCGUUGUGUUUACGCACGGUGCUCUUCACCCGCGAAACAUCAUCGUCUCGGCUGGGCCAAAUCCACGAAUUGUGUCCAUCUUGGGAUGGGAACAGGCGGGGUGGUAUCCCGCCUACUGGGAACUGUGCAAGGCGCGGAGGGAGUGCUCGCGGCGAGGGGGUCGAGACGAGUGGGAGAGCAGGUAUCUGCCUGUGAUUCUGGAUGUGCAAGACUUGAGUGUAGAGAUGUGCGGCUGGAAUGUUGGCGCCUUGUGCCAGUACUGGGAUUAUUUCGUUAGUUUGAUGUGA